UUCCUUCUUCAAAACCCUAAAUCAUUCAAUCUCUCUUCUCUUUCGAUUCACAAUGUGUUUUUACUUCCAUUUCUCUUGAAAUCACCUUCAAUUUCAUAUCAUGGAUGCUGUUUCCACAAGGUACAGAGACAAUCCGUCGUUUUCUUCCACUUUGCUCGACGAGAUCUACCGCUCCAUCGAUGAACGAGAUGACGAACAGUUGACGGUUUGUAGAAAACCGAAACAGACGAAAUUUGGAGGACCUGGUUGUUUUCGAGAUGAUUUUGAUGAACGACGAGCUUGUUUGGUUCAGAAAUGGAUGGAGAAUAAAGUGUGUGAAAAGGCAGUGGUCGGGAGAAAAUCGGCGGCGGCGGAUCUCGAUAGAAGGUCGAUUCGAAGUGAACGUGACUCGUUAUAUUUCAAUUCGAGCUCUAGCUCGUCUGGUUCUAGCUCCGGCGGUGGUUUUUCGUCGUCGGAAGGUGAGUUGAUGUACGGAGUUUUGUUUAAACCUAGACCUGUUCGAACUAACAUCCAUCAACAUGGUGGAUUCGAAAAACGAGAGAAGGAAAGGUGUAUGUACGGCCAUGGCUAUCAGCAUCACGUUUUGGAACAGAAGGUUAAGCAUGAAAGCAAAUUCGUGAAGACGAAAUCGAAAGCAUUGAAGCUCUACAGUGAUCUGAAGAAGGUGAAGCAGCCGAUAUCGCCGGGAGGUCGGUUAUCCACUUUUUUAAAUUCACUCUUCACCACCGGAAACACAAAGAAGUCAAAAAUGUCCUCCCGCGAGGGCGGUUGUGCGGUGGCGGCGAAGAGUCAUUUAGAUAGAAAAUCAAAAUCGGCUAAUGCAUCUACAUGUUCAUCUGCUUCUUCAUUUUCACGUUCUUGCUUGAGCAACACGCCAUCGUCUAGAGGAAAUCAGAGCAAUGGCUUGAAACGAUCGGUGAGAUUUUAUCCGGUGAGCGAGAUCGUCGACGAAUAUUGUCAGCCAUGUGGACACAAAUCACUACACGAAGAAGAAACAAGUUUAGAAAGUGUUAAAUUCACCAAACAUUCAAUCAACGAAGAGAUUCAAAUCAAAGAAGCUGCAAGGAAUCUGCUGACGAACUACCAGAAGAAGGUUGAAUUGGGAUUCGAUUCGGAACGGAAUAACGUAGACAUGAUCGGCGCGGAAAACGUUGAGGAUGGAGACGGUUCCUAUGAUGGCAAGAGCGAUUCGAGCUCGGACCUAUUUGAGCUUGACAAUCUCUCUGCUAUCGGAAUGCAUAAGUAUCGAGAAGAGUUGCCGGUGUAUGAGACAACUAAUCUCGAUACCAAUCGGGCCAUCGCUAAUAGCCUCCUCAUAUAGUUGAAAACCUAAAAAGAACGAAACCGAGUUUUAUGUGUAACGUUGAUUCGAUUGCUAUAUUUUUGU